GGUUUAAGAUCGGUAAAAGACGGUCGUAUAUUUGUAUUUCAAAUACAUAAGUAGGUACCUACUUAAAUUUUUAAGCAUUUAAUAUUUUUUUAAAUAUCAAUUUUAUAUGUGCUUAUCAAAACUAAUCGUUUUACGUAAUUAGAAUUUGUUUUUUAAAAGUGUUGUCAUAAGAAGGCAAUUUAAAUGUUUUUUUUAAGGAAAUGAAGUGAUUUAAUUUUGUGAAGAUGCAGCUUAAUUUCUGUAUCGAUGUGCUUGCGACCAUAUUGUUUAUUGUGACUGGCGGGGAUUCCCAAAAACGAGUGGGUGACAUUUGCAUCGAUCAAUACACGAACACGUACGGAAGAUGUGUUUUCUCGGAUCGAUGUCCAUCAGCUUUACGUAACUAUCAGCAGAACGGCAUUCGGCCAUCAAUAUGCACUUACAACUUCGACAAUGCACUGGUGUGUUGCACUGAACGCGGAAACAUUCUUCAAACGGCGAGGCCCACGCCCCCGCCUAAUCAGGAAGACAGAUUUCAGUCCUCUGCUGGAAACAACAACAACAACAACAAUAAUAAUCCUAACAUUAGAGUUAGCGAAAGAAAAUGCCGCGAGUACAGCAAAUCAGUGACGUUCACGGUGAGCUUCAGCUCGCUGCUGCCGGAGCCCGAGUUGCAGUCCAUCUCGCGGCCGCGCUGCAGCCGGAGCGGCGUGGGGCUGGUCUUGGGCGGGCGGGACGCCGCGCCGGAGGAAUUCCCGCACAUGGCAGCGAUCGGCUUCGCCUCAGCGGAAGGCUACGACUUCAAGUGCGGAGGGUCCCUCAUCAGCGCGCGCUGGCUGCUGACGGCGGCGCACUGCUCGCGCGACCGCGCCUCCAGCCGGCCCGUGGUGGCGCGCUUAGGAGAUAGGAACAUCAACCCGAAGGCGCAGGACGACGCCACGCCUGUCGACGUGCCAAUACGGAACAUCAUCGUGCACCCGGACUACCACUCGCCAGUGCGGUACAACGACAUCGCUCUGAUGGAGCUGGCGACCGACGUGGACCUCAGCAACAGCAUCCGCCCCGCGUGCCUGUGGCCCGGCGGUCCCUUCCACGAGGAUAAGGCUAUAGCCACGGGCUGGGGCGUGGUGAACCAACGCACGCAAGAGAAAGCGGACCUCCUCCAGAAGGUCUCCCUCACUCUGCUCGAGAACUCGUACUGCGACCGUCUGCUGAGGAACAACCGCAACCGACACUGGCAGGGCUUCCGCGACUCGCAGUUGUGCGCCGGCGAGGUGCGCGGCGGCAUGGACACGUGCCAGGGCGACUCCGGCGCACCGCUCCAGAUCGUGUCCAAGGAGAACCAGUGCAUCUACCACCUCAUCGGCCUGACCUCCUUCGGCUACAAGUGCGCGGAACAGAACAAGCCGUCGGUCUACACCAGGGUGUCGACUUACGUGGACUGGAUAGAGUCUGUGGUGUGGCCGGAUGAGUAUGCGGCUUGGGCGGCGGGGAGGAGUCAAUAAUUGUGCUCUCUAGUUAAUUAUUGAUAUGUUUUAGUUCAAAGCCGUGCCAAUAUGUACCUACAGUAUAAGGCGGAUAAAUCUAACCCCUCUCAGAAGCAUUGUUACUAUGAGAGGGGGGUCAGGUUUCUCUGCACAUACCUCCAGAACAUUUGCUCCGUUUUCUCAAUUAACGUGUGUCUACUUAUAAGUAAGUACAUAAUAUUACUUAUGAUAAUUGUUAAACAAUGGUGAAACAAAAUAGGUAUGAUGAGACGAGAAUGUACGAGGAGAAACUAAGAAUAAGAAAUACAUUGCCCACAAAGACC